GCCACGCGCCCCACGGUCACAGCCGCCCUCGCCGAGGCCGCCGGCGCGGGGCUCAACGUGUGCCGGACCUGGGCCUUCAACGACGGGGGAUACCGCGCGCUGCAGCUGAAGCCCUUCUCCUACGACGAGGAGGGUCUUCCAGGCAUUAGAUUUUGUGAUCAGUGAGGCAAGAAAGCAUAAGAUGAGGUUGAUACUGUCGCUGUGUAAUAACUGGAAAGAUUACGGAGGUAAACGACAGUAUGUAAGGUGGGGAAAGGAGGCUGGGCUGGAUCUUACUUCCGAUGACGACUUCUUCUCUGAUUCCACGAUUAAGAGCUACUUCAAAGCUUUUGCUAAGGCUGUUCUGACAAGAAUAAAUACAAUUACAAAUGAGGUCUACAAGUAUGAUCCUACAAUUCUUGCUUGGGAGCUGAUUAAUGAGCCACGAUGCCAUUCAGAUCCAUCGGGCGACACAUUGCAGGCAUGGAUAGAAGAGAUGGCGUCUUAUGUGAAGUCUAUAGACCCUGUGCACCUUUUGGAGAUUGGUGUUGAAGGGUUUUAUGGUCCGUCCACUCCAGAACUUUUGCAUGUGAACCCAGAUGCUUAUUCUGGAACUGUUGGAACAGACUUUAUCAGGAACCAUCGUGCACUGGGAAUCAAUUUGGCUUCUGUUCAUAUUUAUUCUGACACUUGGUAAGUCAUCUGGUUCAGUCCAAUGUGAAUAUGGCCACUUCAUGAAAUGAGAUUGAUUAUCAUGACCAAGAUCCUUUUCCCAGUCCAAUGUCAGAAUGCUUCCUUACAGGUAUGUAAAAAUUCAUAAAACCGUAUGUUCUUCAUGGCAGCAAGAAUUCAUAAAAGACCCCCUCUGUUAGAUUAACACAGACCAGCCAAAAUUAUAUAGAUCUCAAUCCUCUGCGAUUAAAACCGCGUCUAAGUUGGCAUUUGUAUUUUUGCUUUUUUUUUUAUCUUAAUGGCAUGUGAGCAUGUCUAAAAUGGAACUAGACCAUGUUUUACUUGCAACCUUAAACCAUUUAUUAUGUACAUGGACCUUGAAUAUUUACUGAGAAACAUGUUUCACAAAUGUGAGAUCCUAAAUCUACUGAUUAUUAUGUGUUGAUAAUGUUACAAGAAUUCAGGAAGGCCUAGUCUGUAGCUUUCUGCAUAUUUGCAUCAGAGUGAUUUGACUAUUAAAUUAAAGAGUUGUUCUGGUGCAGAGAAGAAGGGACUGUGAUCUGUAUCUAUGACUAAAACUUCACUGGGUGGCCACUUCUUGAUCAUGGAAUCUUGCUGUUCAGGGUCCAGCAUAUGGUCACGCUCUGUCUUUAUGAAAAUCCGUUUGACUCGAUUUAAUCUCUCAUCAUCUCCUUCAAAGCUUGCACUACUAAUAGCUGUUGCAGGCCACGGUCGCAUCAGCAUUGAAGCAAGGACUGAUUCCUACCAAAUAAAAUAAUAUGUAUAAGUAAAUUUUACAUCUGUAUUCACCUCUUCAUUGGAGCAGAUGUCUGGUUUGUCAGGAAAUGGUUGCUCAAGAAAUAUGAACGAGAAAUCAUGAACAAUAUCCGUUUAGAAGUUGGAUUAUUGUAAUACUGCAUUUAGAUUUUGGUGAAAUAAUCAGUAGUUUAGUAAAGGAGGGGUUUUGAUGAGCAGACGCCCAGAAAUGUUGACUUUUUCUCGCAAGGCACAUUUCAUACAAUAUACAUGUAUAAUACCUCUUCAGGGCUUUGCUGGGAUAGUCGAUCACGCUGGAAUUCUGGUCUCAAGGCAACGGUUAUUGGAGGAUCAUCUGCUGCUGCACCAAAUGUCAAUUCAAUCUCGUUCUCAGGCAAAGUUGGUCAAGCCUCCACUGGGAUUGCGGAUACGGUUCACCACCACCGGUCACAGUGACUCGAGGAUCAGCUCCAAAAGACGCUCUGGUGCAGAGAAGAAAGGACUGUGGUCAGUGUCCAUGACCAUCACCUUUCUUGGUGGCCAACGACGAAUCAUGGCCUCCUGCUGCUCCAGCUUCAACGUACGGUCAUUUGCCUUUUUUAUGUACACGCGAUGGUCUGCGUUUACAGGGCUCUCGACAUCAUCAUCGACGCAACCAAACUUUGCAGUGCUAAGCACGGCUGGAAAUGGGCGCAGCAGAAUGGAAGCAAGUGUGGAGUCCUGCACAGAUGUUAACAAUGAAGGAGCUGGAGAAUUGUGCGCUGGUACUCCUUUCUUAGUGCCAUGCUUGUAGGUGGAUGAUCUUCUCCCAGACCAAAGUUGAGGUCAUACACAUCCCCAAACUCUGAAAAAUCAGGUACUCCCUGUUUAUUUUCAGUCAAAUAUUAGGACAUGCUACCGUUUGCUCGCAGACAUAAGAGGGAUAUUUAAACAAAGUUGUUGUUAGAAAGCAUCUGGGGAAUUUUGAAUCA